AUGAAUGAACGGAAUGAUGACAGACCUGAGUGCAAUAUGCUUGCGUCAUCCAGCAAGAAAGAGAAUGAGGAAGAGAAGUGCGAAAACAAGUUCCACUGGUAUUUCUACUGGGAAGGCGAUACAUUGGUGUACCCAAUCCAUCCCGAACCCAGACCGCCGGGCUACAAGGCACCAACCAAGACAACUCCGCUGAAGGAAACGGAGACAACGUGCGAUAAUCCAAUUCAUUGCCAUGAGAAAUAUCACUGGUCUUUGUACCGGAAAGGCGAGGAAUUGGUACAACCCAUCCAUCCUAAAGGCAAAAAUGUCCCAACAGAUUACGACAAGGGACCAGUCCCUACAGUUGACGGUUUCAUACUCGGUACCAGAGACAUCUGCCAUGUAAAAGACAGUUGCCCAGGUGUUCAUUUCAAGGGAAGACGGGACCCGCGCAGUGAGGGGAAACAGCAAAAGUUUCAAUACAGUUCAAACAGAGAUACGACGAGACUCCUGAUCGAAGCGGAGCUUGCAUCUGAUGCCCUAAAGCCAACAUCAGACAAUCUCAUAGAAGACGAGCUGGAAGAUGAUAUGAAUUACCGGGGCUCAGAGCCUUCUCGGAGUUCUGAAUAG